GCUUCUCUGUUCAGUUUGAAAAGCCUUCUAUUUCCAUCAGAAAUUGUAAAAGAAAGAUGGGUUACUGGUUAACUGAAAAUGCCACUGAGGCCUACCUUAAAUCUAUGAAAAUGGGAAAGAGGGCUAAUGAACCAGAUGCAUCAGAGUUCAUUUCAGCAAUUGCAGCUGGAAACAAUGCUCAACUUAUGGUGGUUGUAGGUGCUGCCACCGCCAGGUCCACCACCGUAGGACUUCUGGCGGCAGCUGAGCAAACUGGCGGGCAUGUGAUUAGCAUCUUUAAAGGAACAGAGGAGUUGCACUCCUCAAAACAGGCCCUUGGCUCAGAUGCGGACCGAGUUGGGUUUGUUGUAGGGGAUGCUGAAACUCUGUUGCUAAAUAACUACAGAGAUGCAGAUCUGGUGGUCAUCGACUGUAAUCUUGAGAAUCAUGAACAGAUUUUAGGAGCCAUAAAAGGGAAUGGGAGGGAAAAGAGUACUAUUGUGUUGGGAUAUAAUGCAUUCUGGAAGGAUUCAUGGCGGUGGAGCAGAUCAAACAGUCAUUUGUUGCCUAUUGGAGAAGGGUUGCUGUUGAUGAGAAUUGCCAGGAAAUCUGAAAAUGGUGGUGGUGGUGGUGGUAAGAACACCCGUGAUGGCGGCAGCCAUGGUGGAAGUAAAAAGAGCCAUUGGGUUGUUAAAGUAGAUAACUGCACAGGUGAAGAGCAUGUUUUUAGAGUCAAAUCACCAGGCGGUCGAGUUGUCAAAGCUUGAACUUACGGCAUACUAUUUUGAUUCUUCGAGAAACUUUUAGGGACUAGUUGAUUCUUAAAUGUAUAUAACAGCUAAUGUGUAACGAUCUCUCUGGGUGCUAAUUUUAUAACUAUGAUUUGU